AUGAGAGAGGAGGACGCUGGCAAGUCGUGUCUCAGAAUCAAUAAUGGGCAACCAUUGAAGGUCAUGAGAGCACAGAAGCCAAUGAUUGGACAAACAGUUGAUCAUCUUGUCGACUGGGAGGAAUUGAGAACAUCUCCAGUUGGUCAAAGUACAAAAGCAACAUCAGUGGCAGCAGCAGCAGCAGCAACUGGAAGAUCUGGUUUACUGUCGGUGGCAAAGAGAAUGGAGACCUCUUCCACCACACAAAAACAUUUUCGAGAAUCUGAGACGAAGCGAGACGAGGAAUUAGUUCAAAGUUUGAUACAACAGAUAGAACAGUUGCAACGUGACGUAGUAGCUAAAGACAGGGAAAUGGCAGAAAUGAGAAAGCAAAAGGAGAACGAAGCAGCUGAUGUAGAACAGAUGAGGCAACAAAAUAGAGAUCUAGAAACAGCACUGGGAGUCGAAAAAGUAGAAAGAGAAAAUGCUGUAAGCGAAGAGAGAAGACGAGGCGCAAUGCGAGAGGAACGCUUACAAGUAGACAAGCUAAAUCUUCAGAGGCAAUUUGACGAAAGUCGAGUUCAAAUUGAGGCCUUGCAGUGCUCACUAAACGACCUACGAGUACAAAAGUCCAACAUUGAAGAGCUGCUGUCAGAUGCCGAAGCUACAAUUGAACGAUACAAAGAGAGAGAACAAACCGAAGUUUUACGUAUCGCUUCACACGACAUUCAGCUCACAGACAGGAAACUAGGAGGUGGAUCAUAUGGAGAGGUUCGCAUUGGAUAUUGGCGUGACUGUCCGGUUGCUGUCAAAAUUCUGUAUAAAGAUCUGAUUUCAUCACCUUUUUACAUUCGUCUUUUACAACAAGAAGUGUCUGUCGCAUAUGGCGCGCGAUGUGUGUCAUAA